AUUGCUAAGUAUGAUGCCCUAAUGUUUUGGAGACUAGUAUUUAUUUGUGGAUUUGUGUUAAUUUUAUUCCUGGUUGCUAAAGCAACCAAUGACCUUGUAACUUUAAAGUCGGCCAUGUUUUUAUUGGACACGGAGGCAAUGUUGCCGAUAUUAGAACGUCAAAAUGACGUAACAAAUGCCGUUAUAUCCGAGUACGGCUCUUACCUCAAUGACUUUCUUGUUGGAUAUACGGAGAAGUUGGACGGAGAGCUGCAAAUGGUUAACAAUAUACUCUUAAACGUCGCAGAACGACAAAAUAUGCUGCUGAACACAAUGAUCUCAGAUAUGUGCAAUUUAGCGGGACUUGACAUCUGCACUGACGGAACAAAUCUAGUCACAAUGUCCCUUACUUCAUGUAAUUUCUUGCCAAUACAUGCUAAAAUGUUUGAAGGAUUCCACAAGUCAGUGCUUUUGGAAUAUAUCCAAAGAGAGUUGUCUCCCUUAGUCCUGAAUCUCCGGAGUAUUUUGUUUAGUUCCAUGUAUUUACUGCUCGCGUGUGCAGCGGCCAUGUUACUGUGUCAGGUCACAGCACGUGUAAUCUAUGUUCAUUUGAAAAACUCACGGCACAUGAAAAUUACCAAGAUUUAUCAGUUGCCUAGCACCAUGAGUGACCAGUGGCACGACCAGCAGUCUUUACGGGAGAAGGAAAUGUACAAUAGUCAGUCUGUGAUUGCAGAAAGCUAUGAAAGUGGAGUGUAUGAUAUGACAAAUUAAACCAGAUUGUGAUUUUUUAGGAAAAUAUAAUUAUAAUUGAAUAGUUUGUGACCGUUUUUUAAAAUAUGAAGUAUUCAAAAACUGUGUGAAUUUGUUACGUUUAGGCAGACAUGACUUUGAGUGAUGUCGCAUCUAAAAAUACUUGUUUACAGAAAGACAUUUAGUUUGUACAAUGUAAAAGUGAAUUUACGUGACUAUUUUAUAUCAUUUUGAGCGAAUUUACUUCCAUUUAAUUUCAAAAACAAACUCUUCAUAUAUUGAAUAAAUAGUCAGUCCCAUG